AUGCAGCAAAGAACUGCACAUGCCAAAAAGCAUGUAAUUAAUCUAUCGAAACGCAGAUUAUCAAAUCAGGAAUAUAUCCUGUUGGCGAAAGGCUUGAAAUUUAUACCAACGCCAUCAAGCAAAAAUGCAAAAAUGUCUAUACUAAAAGACUACAAUGAAUUUGCUAGAAAAUUACGAUGUAGGUAUAUGUUCAGUCAAGAAAAAACUGACCUUCAUCCAUUUCGUAACAAUACAGGAUAUAAACCUGCCUCUACGUGCCAUACGUUGGAAAAUUAUAUAGAGUUAACCAAGCUUGAAUUGUCUUUUCUACCAAUAGAAAGAAAUGUAAAAAACAAUCUUACUAAGGGCGAAAGAAUAGCGCUAAGCAAUUUGAAAAAUGAUGAAACAAUAGUGAUAAAAAAGGCAGAUAAAAAUUCAAAUUGUGUUAUUUUAGACAGGCUAGACUAUAUAACAGAAGUCACAAGACAACUAAAUACUCAACAUUACUGCCAAUUAGAUUCAUUUAACAUGGCAGAACUGAAAAUCCAAGUCAUUGAGUAUGUUAAAUCAUUAUACGAUCAAGGCAUAAUCGACAAAAUAUCGUUUAGAUUUUUAACAAAUGGUCAAAAAUUAAGAGAUGCACGAUUAGGGAGAAUUUAUAUUCUUCCAAAAAUUCACCGCCUUGAAAUAGAGACGUUUAAACAAAUACAACAAGAUGGAUUAAAUGAAUUAAAUAUAAUUCCACCUGGCAGACCAAUUAUAUCACAGUGUGGUUCUGUAACUGAACUUAUAGGUCAUUACGUUGACUAUUUUCUUAUACCAAUAGUUCAAAAUCAGUCCACAUAUAUAAAAGAUACUACAUCGUUCAUUAAUAUCAUUGAGAAAUUAAAACCUAUGGCAAACAGCCUAAAUAGCUGUCACUCACAGCAUGUAUUCAGAGGAUUUAUUAAAGGUGAAGCAAUACGGCAAAUUAGAAAUACAAGUGACCAUAUCAAAUUAAUAAACAAUCUAACUAAUUUCAAAGUGAAAUUAUUAGAUAGGGGUUAUGAUAACUUGGAAAUAGAUGAUAGUAUUACUGAUGCUUUAGCAAUUGACCGUACUGAUUUAUUACAACAAAACAAAUCUAAAGAGAAGCAAAGUAUUCCGUAUGAUUCAGAGAAUGAUCCUUCUGAGGAUGAAUUUAACAUUGAUGAUGUUGAAUCGUCUACUCCAAGAAAACCUAGAAAACCCGGCGAAAGAAAAACUUAUGAUACGCUGCAGAAAAAGAAAACAUCAGAAAUAUCCAAUGAAAGAAGAAAAAAAUCGACUGCUUUGCGUGGUAUAAAACAACAAUUUAAAAGACUUAAAGAAUUGAAACACCUAAAUGUGACUUUUGCGUUCGUGUGCUUCGAUUUGACACAACAAAGUCAAACUAUUAAGAGAGAUGGGAAAGGAGCCUAUUAUGAUAAUUUGCUCAAUGGUAGACCUAUUGUGGAUAAAAGGGACAUACAAAGAAAAAAACAGAGGGAUGGGUUGACGGAAACGUAUUUCCCUCAUGAAGAAAAUUUAAGAGAAACCCAGUUCAUAACACCUACAAAAUUGUCGUGUGGUCCAGGAGUGUCCCGAAAUAUUGCCAGAGAGCAGAUGGAGACACUGCAAGAUGUAAACAUUCAGCCAGGUCAUGAGAAUGACUCUUACUCACAUGAUGUAGCAACUCCAAAAAGGAAGGUCACAAGAAAGAGAAUUAGGACCGUAAAAAGUAAACGUACGAACAUUAUUGCUGCAGUAGCUGAUGAUGAUAGUGACAAUAAUGAUGUUGAUGUGAAUAACGAUUCAGCUGUUGAUGCUGUUGCUUUUGAUGCUUCGAAAAAUAAUAAUGAAGAUGAAGAUGGAGAUAUCGACGACGUUGACGACGGCGCCGAUGAUGACGACGACGAUGAGGAUGAUGAUGAUGAUAAUAAUAGCGAUGAGGAUGAUGAUGAUGAUAAUCAUAGCGAUGAGGAUGAUGAUAAUGAUAGCGAUGAUGAUGACAAUAAGGAUGACGACGACGACGACCACGACGACGACACCAAUGAUGAUGAUGAUGCUUUAGCUGCUACUACUGAUGAUUUUAAAUUUGACGACGACGAUGACGACAGCACUGAUAACGUGAAUUUACCACGACUUUACAGAAAUAACUUAUCUAAUGUGAAAAAUACAGAUCUAUCGAAAAGAGGUAAGUCUUUUAAUUACAAUAAAUGUGCGUCCCUGAGAGAGGUAUCUGAAUCAUUUAUCUAA